CGCUGAGUACUUUGUUUACGGUCCCUAGAGCUGGGUUGUCUCCCUCUGGCUUGCUGGGCCGGCAGCUGUCUCAGUCUCAUUCUGGCGGAGAAAGGAGCUGAAGGAAGACUCACAGCUGUGGCUGAUUCCUCCCCUCGGAGUCCAGUGGUUUCCCUGGUAAAUGGACAGCCUCCUGCCAAGCUUCCACCCCGGAGAGACUCUCGACCUCUAGUCUGGGAACCCAGCUAGGAAGAACCGCUAGGAAAAUGACUGAAGAGCCUGGAAAAGAGAGCCCAGGAGCCCCAGUGGCUCCCACUCCAGUGCCCAUGGAGAAAAACCCCAAGAGCGAAGUGGUGGUCACCACCGUCCCCCUGGUCAGUGAGGUCCAGCUGAUGGCCGCCACAGGGGGGGCUGGGCUCUCCUGCUACCGCUGCAUCAUCCCCUUCGCCGUGGUGGUCUUCAUCGCAGGGAUAGUGGUCACCGCCGUGGCUUACAGCUUCAAUUCCCACGGCUCCAUUAUCUCCAUCUUGGGCCUGGUCCUUCUCUUCACUGGAAAGUUCCUGUUAGCCUCCAGCGCCUUGUGCUGGAAGAUGAGACAAAGGAGCAAGAAAGCCAAGCGCCGGGAGAGUCAGACGGCUCUGGUGGCCAAUCAGAGAAGCUUGUUUGCCUAAGACUGAGUGAGACCCUAUGGGAAAUGGGGAAUAGAAAACCUGCUCUGACUCAGAAAGCCCAUUCAUCCAGGACCAGCCGGGGAGGGCACGGGCCUGGCUUUGGAGGAGCCUAAAAAAACCGGGAUGGGUGGAAGGAGGAGGUUGGAUGUUAUCCUCGUUUGUGAGGAAUGACCUGUCUUCUUUAGCGUCCGCUUUGUGAAUGCCUUCUCUCGUGACAAACUUAUUCCUAAGGGCUGUUUACUAAGACAGAAGAAUCAGCUUUCUCUUUAUGUUAAAUGCUUUGCGGGGAGCGUAGAAGAUACACAGCGUUAGACCGUAUUCAGUACAUUUUGGAAAGUAGCUAAGGAACGAUGAGGAAAUAACGAGAUCGUCCUGGCAGAACAGAUGCCUGUCUCCAAAAGAGAUAACCCACGCACGCUCUUUGAGAAGCUGUAUUAUAAACAUGUUCUGCUGAAGGUCUGCAUUGCCUUGGACUUGACACACACAUAGGAAAUUCGAUGAUAAUAUUUUUCCGUAUGUUGGUUCUCUGCUGUUUCGUUUUUACUUUUCACUUUCAGUAACUCAUCACUGGUGGUACUUUAUCUGGAAAAAUUAACUAAUAUUUUUUUUUUUAUUUUUAACAUUGGGAAGUUUUAGGGGAUUGUAAUGAUGAGUCAGAGGUAAAAAGUAAUAGCUGACAGAUGAUGUGGGGGGUUAAGUUAAUAUUAAAAUAAUCACGUAUAGCACUUUUGAUGAUUUUUAUAUAAAAGUUUAACAUACAUUUUAUUCAAAGUAAUAAAU